CUACACCGGGUAAGACUGAGUGAGAACAGAGACAGGCAACGUGCGGCGAAGACCCAGAAUUAGGAGACAGUAGUUUCUGGCAUUGCUCCUGUGGACCCGAACCGAUCGGAAUACGUUUAUAUUAUUUUGUGCUGGUUAUUAUUCACGAAACCCCGCUAGAACUAUGGACAACAAGAUAUCAGAAUAGUGACCGUUCCCUGCCCCGCUGAACUCUGAGCCCUGGAGCGCUUAUUGUGUCGGACGCGCGCAUUUCCAUUCCGCAACAGCCACUGAAGAUGAGCUGCACAAAGGUACUGCAUGUGUUUGGCGGACACGCUAUGCCACCGGCUGUGAUGCCCAUGGACCUGGCAGCGCGUCUCUGUCUCCCUCCCUCCCCGGACCUCUGCCACCUGCUGGGCGUGUCCACGCUGAAGCCCCGGAGGUCCCGCAUGGCCCUGCGCGCCCCACGCCACGCCCCGCAAAAGCUGUCCACCAGGGUCAGCACCCAGCCUGCACUGCUCACCCUCAGCUGGGCGGAGUCUCGGAGCGCAAGCGGGGACAGCAGCAGCAGCAGCAGCAAGAAGAAGCGUGUGGUGUUCGCCGACGCCAAGGGGCUGGCCCUCACUGCUGUGCGCUUUUUUUCGGACGCUGAGGACCCCCCGUCGCCCACCUCGGAGGUGUCAGUGAGGCUGCCGGGCGUGCGGGGGACGGGUCAGGCUGGCGGGGAGGGGCGGCCCACGGUGCGGAGCCGGCCCCAGCCCCCAGGGGACCCCCUGUCGUUCCGCGGGCGUCAGAAGGACGGCCCCCUGCUGCUGGAGCACUGCAGCGUGACGGAGCGCGCUCUGAGCGGGACAGUGCGCGUGCGUGGCACGGGCGCGGAGAAGGCCGUGCAUGUGCGUGCCACAUUCGACUGUGGCCACCGCGACAUGCCCUGCGCCCCCCUCCCUCAGCGCCUGGGCCCCGCCGACGCCGAACUCUUCACCUUCCACAUCCCCCUCCCCGAAAACCUGGACCCCCGCGAGUGCCUGGAGUUCUGCAUCUCCUUCCGCCUCGGAGGACAGAGCACCCCUCUGUGGGAGGGCAGUAAAGGACAGAACUACCGCAUCCACGUCUGCCCCGAGCUGGACCCGGCCACGGCCAACACCCACGCCUCCCAUCGGUCGCUCACGCUUCCUGCUCGGCGCAAGGGGUUAUGGGAAGGUCUACCCAGGAGUACGGGACACAGACUGGACUACCCAAACAGCCCCCUCUCACCCCAGUCCUCAGACAUUUUCGUCAUGCCAAGCAGGGGUAGUUCAGAGACCCCUGCCUCCCCUUGGUAGCCCAGGAAACUGAACUCGCUGUGCACCUUUUUGCCUGUUGCAGUGGUGCCACAGUUUCUACUGUGAAUCUGACAGAUGUACCGAUGCGCAAUUUCUACAAGUGACUCAUUCAGAGGCCUGCAGAGCUGUCCUCUAAGGUUUCAUCAACGUGAGCGUGUCUACAACAAACUUAUCUGUGUAAUUUGUAAAUGCUGUCAUAUAUGUACAUAUUAAUUAUGUAAAAUAUUUAUUUAUUUCUACAUAUCUGUAUUCUGAGCCCUGUGCCAGCUUGUUUUUCAUUAACCUGCCAGAGCAUUUCAGCACAAAUAUUUCUGAAAUUGUUAUUAUUACUUUAAUACUGGUGUUCUGUGUCUCGACAAAAGCAAGUGAGUGAACUGUUGUUGGUGUUUGUGUCCUUCUCAGAAGAUGAGUGUGUGCCUGGGAAUGCCCUGCAGACUAUCUGUGUGCAUGAUCGAGUGGUGA